AUGUCCCAGGAAGAACAAGUUAAAAACGUCAACGACGCGAUCGCCAAUCUUCAUUUGGACGAAACCACUGGUGAAAUGGUUUCGAAAUCCGAAUUGAAGAAGCGUAUCAAGCAGAGACAAAAUGACGCCAAGAAAGCCGCAAAGAAAGCUUCUGCGCAGCCAAAACCUGAACCAAAGAAGAAAGCCAAUGACGCUUUUGCCGAUUUGGACCCUUCGCAGUAUUUUGAAGCCAGGUCCCGUCAAAUCCAAGAGUUGAAAAAAACCAAGUCUCCAAACCCAUACCCUCACAAAUUCCAUGUUUCCAUUGCAUUGCCUGCUUUCUUGGAAAAAUACGCCCAUUUGCAAAGAGGUGAGACUUUGCCUGAGGAAAAAGUGUCACUCGCAGGCAGAGUUCACGCCAAGAGAGAAUCGGGCUCGAAAUUGAAGUUCUACGUGUUGCACGGCGAUGGUGUCGAAGUGCAAUUGAUGUCUCAAGUGCAAGAUUACGGUGAAGAAUCUGCCUACGAGGCAGACCACGACCUGAUCAAAAGAGGUGACAUCAUUGGUGUCGAAGGCUACGUUGGCAGAACCCAGCCCAAGAAGGGUGGUGAAGGUGAGAUUUCUGUUUUCGUCUCCCGCAUCCAAUUGUUGACUCCUUGUCUGCACAUCCUGCCUGCCGAUCAUUUCGGUUUCAAAGACCAAGAAACGAGAUACAGAAAGCGUUACUUGGACCUGAUCAUGAACAAGGAAGCUAAACCUCGUUUUAUUACUCGUUCCAAGAUCAUCUCUUACAUCAGAAAGUUUUUGGAUGAGAGAAGCUUUGUCGAAGUUGAAACCCCAAUGAUGAACGUUAUUGCUGGUGGUGCCACUGCCAAGCCUUUUGUCACUCACCACAACGACCUGAACAUGGACAUGUUCAUGAGAAUCGCACCAGAAUUGUUCUUGAAAGAACUUGUGGUCGGUGGUAUGGACAGAGUUUACGAAAUCGGUAGACAAUUCAGAAACGAGGGUAUCGACAUGACUCACAACCCAGAGUUCACUACAUGUGAGUUCUACCAAGCAUAUGCCGAUGCCUAUGAUUUGAUGGAUACCACCGAACUGAUGAUCUCUGAAAUGGUUAAAGAAAUCACUGGCUCUUACGUCAUCAAGUAUCACCCAGAUCCUCAGGACCCAACCAAGGAACUAGAGUUGAAUUUCGCUAGACCAUGGAAGAGAAUCAAUAUGAUAGAAGAAUUGGAGAACAGAUUGAACGUCAAGUUCCCUCCUGGAGACCAAUUGCACACUGCUGAAACAGGUGAAUUUUUCAAGAGAGUUUUGAAGGAAAACAAACUGGAGUGUCCUCCACCAUUGACAAACGCACGUAUGUUGGACAAGCUUGUCGGCGAGCUAGAAGACACUUGCAUCAACCCAACCUUCAUCUUCGGUCACCCUCAAAUGAUGUCCCCAUUGGCCAAAUACUCCAGAGACAAGCCAGGUUUGUGUGAACGUUUCGAGGUUUUCGUUGCUACUAAGGAAAUUUGCAAUGCUUACACCGAAUUGAAUGAUCCUUUCGAUCAAAGAAACCGUUUUGAGGAGCAAGCCAGACAAAAGGACCAGGGUGAUGAAGAAGUGCAGCUAAUUGACGAGACUUUCUGUAAUGCUUUGGAAUACGGUCUACCACCCACUGGUGGCUGGGGUUGUGGUAUCGACAGACUUGCUAUGUUCUUGACCGACUCGAACACUAUCAGGGAAGUCCUAUUGUUCCCAACUUUGAAGCCUGACGUCCAAAGAGAAGUUGAAGACGAAAAGACCAACUGA